GUUUUUGACAUUUAGUCUAAAUAAUUUGUUUAUCAAUUUGAACAGAUUUCCCAAUUUCUCAGCAAUUACAGUAGCAUUUAUCCGCCAGCCAUGGCUCUCAUUUCUCAGUAGCCCUACUGCUUCCCCAAAGUUCGAUGGCUGCAUCAUCUAGGCAGCUCUGUUUCAGUCUCUUGUCCUUUUAUUUAUGGCAGUGACACCAUUGGCUUACAAAUUGUGCAACAUGGGUCUCAGUGAUAAAUGCUUGCGGCAUGCUGUGAAUUUUGAAGCUGAGAGAGCGGGCAGGAUUAUCUUUGGCAGAUGUCUUAGGUUUAACAAUUUGCUUGCACCGAAUAAUUUAACUUCAUGCUUUCGGUCAAAGCAUAAGUUUCCUGAAAAGUUGUUGAAGAGUUUAGAUGGAUAUGAAAAGGAAUCAAUGUUCAUUGGUUACAAUGGUCUUGAUGGCUUAAUUGGGAAUAAUAUAUCUAGAGAGAAGUUCAGAGAGACUUUAAAAGCUGGAAGUGCUGAAUUCGAUGUCACCUUGACAUGCAAAAAGUUCCCUUCCAUCUCUUUGGGUUACUUCCCAACUGUGGAAUUGUAUGAUGGGCCUGCAUACGAUACUCAAGCCUCAGAAUCACUGGUGCCUCAAGUUCAUGAAGGAUGCAUUCCUAGUCAUAUUGAUGCAAAUUUGUUGGAUCCAAAUUUCAUCUACCAAAACCUGGAAACGUUGUAUGCAGAGGUUUUAAAUAUAAAUAGGAAUCAUAUCGUGGAAGAUGACUUCAGCAAAUCAACUGCAGACUCUCAGCCACUUGAUCACGAGACAGAAGUCACAGAACCCAUAAAUACUUUGCAGUUGACGGUGGAUGAACCCUGCAUCUCUGCUGGCUCUGAGACCCAGUUACCUGCUGUCUCGGUGGCAGAAAUUCUUGAUGAAAGCAUCAAUUGCAUUGGUCUUAGCAAACGCCAGUGCAAUCAACUAGAAAAUUGUGGUUUUUACACAUUGCGGAAACUGUUCCAUCACUUUCCUAGGACAUAUGUUGAUUUACAGAAUGCUGAGGUGGACAUUGACGAUGGUCAGUACAUGAUUUUUGUUGGGAAAAUAAUAUCUUCUAGGGGUAUCCGGGCUAGUAGUUCAUUCUCAUAUCUGGAGGUUAUUGUGGCUUCUGAUGUUGCAGAUACUGAGCCCAAUUCUAAUGGAACAGAUGAUGGAGUUAAAAGGAGCACACGGACUAUAUAUUUGCAUUUGAAGAAAUUUUUCCGUGGAGCUCGUUUUACAUGCAUGCCUUUCCUUAGAAGUAUUCAGGGAAAGCACAAGGAGGGCGAUCUUGUGUGCGUCAGUGGCAAGGUGCGCACAAUGCGAAGUAAGGAUCACUUUGAAGUGAGGGAGUACAGUAUCGAUGUGGUUAACAACGAAGGAGAUUCAUGUGAUCUUGCCAAAGGGAGGCCUUAUCCCAUAUAUCCUUCCAAAAAAGGUUUUAACCCUGAUGUUUUUAGGGACAUUAUUUCAAGAGCUUUAAAGAUGUUGCCGGCUUAUCUUGAUCCUCUUCCCAAGGACAUUAUUCAGGAAUUUCAACUACCAUCACUCUCUGAUGCAUAUAUUGGGAUCCACCAGCCUACUAGUUUUAGAAUGGCUGACUUAGCUCGUAGAAGGCUUAUAUUUGAUGAAUUUUUCUAUCUUCAGUUGGGAAAGCUAUUCCAAAUGCUUGAGGGUCUUGGUACAAAGUUAGAGAAAGAUGGGUUGCUUGAAAGGUACACGAAGCCAGAACUCAGCACUAGACUUGUGGAAGAAUGGGCCGGUCUCACGAAAAACUUUAUGAAGGUUCUUCCAUAUACGCUUACGACCAGUCAGCUGCAAGCAACUUCAGAAAUCAUAUGGGAUCUAAAACGACCAGUUCCCAUGAAUAGGCUGCUACAGGGUGAUGUUGGAUGUGGGAAGACUGUGGUAGCGUUUUUAUCAUGCAUGGAGGUAAUUGCCUCUGGAUACCAGGCAGCAUUUAUGGUUCCAACAGAGCUACUGGCCGUCCAGCAUUACGAACACCUCCUAGGCUUGCUUGAGAAAAUUGAAGAUUCCAAUGGAAAGCCCUCAGUUGCUCUAUUGACAGGAUCAACCUCAACAAAGCAAGCAAGAUUAAUUCGACAGGGUCUCCAAACUGGGGAUAUCUCCAUGGUCAUUGGAACUCAUUCUUUAAUAGCUGAAAAGGUGGAAUUUUUGUCUUUGCGCAUAGCUGUGGUAGACGAGCAACAUCGCUUUGGUGUUGUUCAGAGAGGACUCUUCAACAGCAAGUUAUAUUUCAACAAUUUAACCUCCCAACUGAAGUCAACUAGUUCUAGUGACACUGCAAAAAAUGAUGUCAACAUGGCCCCCCAUGUUCUUGCGAUGUCAGCCACACCGAUACCAAGGUCGCUUGCCCUGGCAUUGUAUGGCGACAUGUCCUUGACUCAAAUCACAGAUUUACCUCCCGGAAGAACGCCCAUUGAAACGUAUGUUAUCGAAGGAAGCGAAGUUGGAUAUGAUAAGGCUUACCAGAUGAUGAUGGAGGAGCUAGGAGGAGGAGGGAAAGUGUAUCUCGUGUAUCCUGUAAUCGACCAAUCCGAACAACUGCCUCAACUCCGCGCAGCUUCAGCUGAUUUCGAAGCUAUCUCCAACAAGUUCUGCGGCUACAAAUGCGGGCUGCUACACGGUAGAAUGAAAAGCGACGAAAAGGACGAAGCACUGAGGCAGUUCAGAUCCGGCGAGACGAAAAUCCUACUCUCCACACAGGUCAUCGAAGUGGGCGUCGAUGUACCCGACGCGUCCAUGAUGGUGGUGAUGAAUGCAGAGAGAUUCGGAAUCGCGCAGCUGCAUCAGCUCCGAGGCAGAGUCGGACGCGGAGAGAGGAAGUCGAAAUGCAUCCUAAUGGCAUCCACAAACUCCAGCCUCAAACGGUUGAAGGUUCUCGAGGAAUCCUCCGACGGAUUCUACCUCGCAAACAUGGACCUCGUGCUCCGCGGGCCCGGCGACUUGCUCGGGAAGAAACAAUCGGGCCACCUUCCCGAGUUCCCCGUUACGAGGCUCGAGAUCGACGGAAACAUUCUUCAGGAAGCUCAUCUUGCAGCAUUGAAAGUUCUAGAGAGUUCUAAUGAUCUGAAGAAAUUCCCAGACCUUAAAGCUGAGCUUAGCAUCAGACAGCCUCUUUGCCUUCUUGGGGACUAAAUCAAUGGCAUUGUAGGGUACAAAGUCAGAAGCAGAAGGUACAAAUUAUGUAUGACGUCAUAUUCACCUAGUGCUGACGUAUGAAAGUGUUGGUGAAAAUCUAAUGGUGUGAAAAAGGUGAAUCUUAGUUAGUUAUUAAGGUGUUUAAGGUUCUCUCUCAGUUUAUGUGUAAGUAUGUGUGUAUCUAAUGUUUUAACACAAAAUUUUAGUGAUUAGAAACAGAAUAUAAAUACAAGGGAGGGUUGAAGUGGGCCCAGUUGUUAUCCACUGAUGCUGCAUUGUUGGGCCUACUGUGGGCUGCCGACUGCCAUGUAAAGCAAGAGCAAUUCGUGGGCCCCAUUUCCCUAAUUUUAUGUGAUUGGCCCACUA